AUGUCCCAAAAGCAACACAUCCUCAUCUCCGGCGCCGGAAUCGCAGGCCCUACAAUAGCCCACUUCCUCUCCCAAACGCCUCACAGCAGUUUCCACAUCACCAUCAUCGAACGAGCCCCGGCGCCACGACCAGGAGGUCAGAGCGUAGAUGUCCGCGGCCACGGGCUAACCGUCGUCCAACGCAUGGGCCUCGAAGACACCAUCCGUUCCCGGGCUACCAACGAGAAAGGGCUGAGAUUUGUAGAUUCGAACGACACCGUCAAGGCGGAAUUCCCCGUCGGUGAGGGGGAGGGGUUCACGGGGGAUAUUGAAAUUCUGAGGGGCGAUUUGGCGGGUGUUCUCUACGAUCGAACGAGAGGGAUAGGUGAGAUUGAGUAUGUUUUCGGGGAGAGGGUGAGCCAUCUCGUGGAGGGGAAUGACGGAAUCCAUGUGGAAUUUGAAAAUGGUUUACCGGGCAUGAGAGUCGACGCGGUGAUUGCGGCGGAUGGAUGGGCGAGUCGAACGAGGAAACUUGCUUUCGGGGCGAACGUCUCGAAAGACGCGGUGAAGGAUCUGGGGCAGUGGGCUGCGUGGUUUACGAUUCCUCGGAGUGAGACGGAUUCCCGUUGGGCGAGAUGGUAUAAUGCGCCGGGCAAGCGGAUGAUGCUCCUCCGACCGGACAACGAGAGUGUUUCCCGGACGUCGUUGUGGAUCAUGCCUCCCCAAGACGACAAGACCAUGGAUCAUAUGGCCAAAGCUAGUACUCCAGACCAAAAGGCUCACUGGAGUCAGCUCUUCAAAGACGCAGGUUGGGAAGCGCAGAGGGUCUUACGGGGAUUGCAAGCAGCGGACGAUUUCUACAUGCAAAAGAUCGCCCAGGUGAAAAUGCCCCGCUGGUCUUCGGGGCGAGUCGCUCUAGCUGGCGACGCAGGCUACUGUCCCUCUCCCAUCUCCGGCAUGGGCACCACCGUCGCGCUCGUAGGUGCGUACGUCCUCGCGGGAGAAAUCGCUAAUCAUCCAAACGACUUGGCGAGGGCGUUCGAGGCAUACGAAACUCGUAUGAGAGCUUUUGUUGCCACGGCACAGAAAUUGGCACCCGGUGCACCGAGCAUGGCGAAUCCGCAGACGCAAUGGGGGAUCUGGAUUCUGUAUCUGUUCUUGGGGCUUGUGGCUUGGACGGGUAUUAUGGAGAAGAUGGGUGCUUCUUUUAGUCCGCCUGCGAAGGCGAUGGAGUUGCCGGAGUAUGAGUUUGGGAAGAAGAGAUGA